AUGUGUUCGGAGUUGUUAGAGAUGGCUGGCACCUUGAUGAUCGGUUGUGUUGUGCUCUGCACAGUUGGGGUUUCCCUGGCUGAUUAUCCUUACAAGGAGGCUUAUGUUGAUCAGUAUGUUGACCACUUCAAUUUUUUGUCUUAUGGAGACAAGACUUUCAAGCAUCGAUAUCUGUAUCAAGACAAAUACUGGGUCAAGGGUGCACCAAUAUUUUUUUAUGCUGGCAAUGAAGGUUCCAUAGAGGGUUUCUGGGAGGCAACAGGAUUUGUUCAUGAAAUUGCACCCCAAUUUCAAGCAUAUGUUGUCUUUCCUGAGCAUAGGUAUUAUGGGAAAUCAUUGCCAUUUGGAAAUAGCAGUUUCAGUCAGCCAUAUUUGGGUCUGCUGACAGUUGAACAGGCCAUGGCUGAUUACGCUGUGUUUCUGACAGACUUGAAGCAGAAGUUGAAUGCUACAGAUAGUAAAGUGAUUGCUUUUGGAGGAAGUUAUGGUGGCAUGUUAGCUGCCUACAUGAGGUUCAAGUACCCGAACAUAGUUGAUGGUGCUCUCGCUGCCAGUGCUCCCAUAUUCAUGCAGGAUCCGUCUGGCCCCCACAAAUUUUUCUUUAGUCAUGUGACUAAGGAUUUUCGAGACGUCAGUGAGAAAUGCUAUGAUCUGGUAAAACUGGCCUUCAGGCAGAUGAAUGACUUGGCAGCACGGGGCCAGUCAGGCCUUGAUGAGGUGGCCUCAAAGUUCCAGCUGUGUGACAAGCUCACAGAUGCAGCUUCCUACAGUCAGCUCUUGGGCUGGGCCAGAAAUGCUUUUGUGAUGAUGGCUAUGCUCGAUUACCCAUACCCUGCCAGUUUUAUGGCACAGAUGCCAGCUUUCCCGGUGAAGGUGGCUUGUCAGAAAAUCCUGGAAGCUUCAGAUCCAUUGAAAGGACUUGCUGCUGCGGCUGGUGUGUUGUACAACACCUCGGUGCCAUGCUACGACUUCAAGUCAGAGUACAUCCCGUGUGCUGACCCCACAGGCUGUGGCAUUGGCCCAGAUGCCAUAGCUUGGGAUUACCAGGCUUGUACAGAGCUGGCCUUACCCGACGGCAGUAACAAUGUCACAGAUAUGUUUCCUGUUAUCCCCUGGAACCUGGAGCUCAAGAAAGAGUACUGUCAGAAAACAUAUGGCAUCACAACUCGUAAUAACUGGGCAGGAAUUGAAUUUUUGGGUUUAAAAAUCAGUAGUUCUAGCAACAUCAUCUUCUCUAAUGGCAACCUGGAUCCAUGGCAGGGUGGUGGGAUCAGUAGUAACAUCUCAGACUCCAUCAUUGCCGUCUCUGUGAUAGGUGGAGCUCAUCACCUUGACCUGAGGGCUUCAAACCCACUUGAUCCACCUGGGGUUAUACAGGCCAGGGAACAGGAGAAGAGAAUCAUCAGUUCCUGGAUCAAAAGUUAA